AUGCCCAUGAUUCUGGGAUACUGGGACCUCCGCGGGCUGGGUCAUGCCGUCCGCCUGCUCCUGGAAUACACAGACUCCAACUAUGAGGAAAAGAAAUACGCGAUGGGAGAUGCUCCUGACUUUGACAGAAGCCAGUGGCUGAAUGAAAAAUUCAAGCUGGGCCUGGAUUUUCCCAAUCUGCCCUACUUAAUUGAUGGGGCUCACAAGAUCACCCAGAGCAAUGCCAUCCUGCGCUAUAUUGCCCGCAAGCACAACAUGAGUGGGGAGACAGAAGAGGAGAAGAUCCGCGUGGACAUCAUGGAGAACCAGGUUAUGGACACCCGCAUGGAGCUGGCCAGGGUGUGCUACAGCCCUGAUUUUGAGAAACUGAAGCCACAGUACUUGGAGGGGCUCCCUGGAAAGAUGAAACUCUUCUCACAGUUCCUGGGGAAGCGGCCGUGGUUUGCAGGGGACAAGAUCACCUUUGUGGAUUUCCUUGUUUACGAUGUGCUUGAUGUUAUCCGAGUCUUUGAGCCCAAGUGUCUGGAUGCAUUCCCAAACCUGAAGGACUUCAUGGUUCGCUUUGAGGGCCUGAAGAAGAUUUCUGCCUACAUGAAGUCCAGCAAUUUCCUCCCACGCCCUUUCUUUGGAAAGCAGGCCCUGUGGGGUAGUAAGUAG